UUUAAUCGGACAGAAGAGGAGAAUAAAUGAAGUACGCGUAAAUUAAUGCAGACAUUAUGAUGGUCGGAAAAAAAGACCACCGACAUCGCAUCGCUCGCUAAACUGUUAGCAUUUGGCCAAAGCAAAACCAACAGGCAGCGCGCCAAGCAUCACUUUUGAAACCGUGGAGAUGGCGGCAUUCUCUCUCUCUCUCUCUCUCAAAACGCAGAAUAGUUCAAGAGCACACAGCUUCUCCAUUUAAUCGUCUCCUCCCGUUGGAUUCCCGUCGAACCCUGCAAUCAAUUCGAAGACCCUAAUAAACCCCAGACCCCAAAAUGGGUGACCAAGAAAACAGCAUUCGCAUCACUCACUCCUUGAAGAAACGCCCCUCUGCUUCCGCGGUCGCACCCACCCAGUCUACGCUACAAAAUCCCGGUACGAAGAAGCGAGUCCCGUUGGGUGACCUCACCAACUCGGCCGAUGCCGGGUCGACUCGGAAGUCUGGUCUUGUGGGUACCCAGAAGCCCAAACCUAAUUCCAAGAAGGCGGAGAAGGAGCCGGCUGGGCUGAAGAUUGUUUCGGGCCGCAAUGGUGAGAAAUUAGAGGAUGCGGCUCUUGUGUAUCAGAAUCUUCAGCCCUUGGAGGAGUCGGCUAGCCCGAAGAAUGUUGUGAGCUAUGAUGAUCGGCAGAAAUGCGAGGAUGCACCUCUUAUAUACCAGAAUCUUCGCACCUUGGAGGUAGAGGAAAAGAGGAGACCCUUGCCUGAUUACAUGGCUAAGGUUCAGAAUGAUGCCAAUCAAGCAAUGAGAGAUAUUCUGCUGGAUUGGUUGGUUGAGGUUGCGGAGGAAUACAAACUUGUGUCAGACACCCUUUAUCUGACUGUGUCCUAUAUUGACAGAUUCUUAUCUCAACAUUCUGUAAGCAGGAACAAGCUUCAGCUUGUUGGUGUUUCUUGCAUGCUUGUUGCCGCCAAGUAUGAAGAGAUCAGUCCUCCGCAUGUUGAAGAUUUUUGCUAUAUAACUGAUAAUACUUACACAAAGGAAGAGGUGGUUAACAUGGAGCGAGAUGUGCUCAUCUUUUUGAACCAUGACCUGGGUACUCCUACAAUUAAGACUUUUAUGAGAAUUUUUACCAGGGGUACUCAAGAGAACUGCAAGGUUCUAAAUUUGGAGCUGGAGGAGUUUUUGGGUAGUUACCUAGCGGAGAUAAGUUUGUUAGAUUAUGAGUGCUUGCAGUUCUUGCCAUCAAUUGUUGCUGCUUCAGCCAUCUUUCUGUCUGGGUUCACAAUCAAACCAACGAUUCAUCCGUGGAGCUUGGCACUGCAACAAUACUCAGGUUAUAGACCAUCUGAAUUGAAGGAAUGCGUCUUUGCUAUUCAGGACUUGCAAUUGAGUAGAAGAGGAUUGGCUUUACAAGCAGUUCGAGAUAAAUACAUGCAGCAUAAGUUUAAGGGUGUUGCAGCAUUGUCUUCUCCCUCAGAAAUUCCUGCGAGUUAUUUUGAGGACUGUAAAGCAUAGCCAUUGAGAUUCCAAAUGUCAGCUAUUUGCCUUCACUGUUAACAUCUUGUUAUAAGGUAGGUAGAAGCGAAUCAAGUGAUUGUAGUUCUGGACUUGGGAAUACACUGUAGAACUUGUUGGUCAGUGAUCUACAAGGAGGUUGUGGUUCUUAGUCGACGAUAUAUGUG